CCCGUGCUCCGGCCGCUCCUGCCCCGCGCAGCCCGGCCUGGGGCCGGCGGCGGCUGCUCCCCGGGGCUCGCAUGGAGGCGGCGGCGGCGGCGCUGGGCGGCGGCCCCGGGCCCCUGCUGCUGCUUCUGGGUCUUGCAGUCUUCAACGGUGUGGGUGCCGAUGGGAAUGCAACUGCCACCAGUGAAACAAAGAGGCUAUUUUGUACCACACCAGAGAACUGUACAGGUAACAUUACACAACUGAGGCGGAGAGGACAUUUUUCCAAGUGCCCUGAGGAGUACAAACAUUACUGCGUCAAAGGGAGAUGUCGCUAUGUCACGGUAGAACAGACACCAGCUUGCGUGUGUGAGAGAGGCUACACUGGAGCAAGAUGUGAGAGGGUGGACAUAUUUUACCUGAGAGGUGACAAGGGCCAGAUUGUAGUAAUUUGCCUCAUUGCAGCUAUGGUGGCACUGAUUGUGCUGGUAAUCUGCAUAUGCACGUGCAGUCAUCACUGUCGGAAACAGCGGAGAAGGAGGAAGGAGGAAGAAAUGGAGACGCUAGGCAAAAAUUCCUCUGCUAAAAACGAGGAUGUUCUAGAGACAGACAUUGCAUAAAGGUUAUUGAAGGCACCUGCGGGCAGGUUCCAAACUGCAAAAUGUCUUGCUCCGCUGGAAAGGGCAGAAGGGCUGAAGCCUGAACAAUGAAUGCGGAUAAAUGAAAACGAGCUUAUUCACGGUGUGUGUGUUUGUAGCUAGGUCUCCUGAAAAAAAGGGCCAAACCUUUUCAGGGAGAGCUUGUUCCUAAAACGACACGGGUUUAAGAGCAUGAAGGUCAUUGAAAGUCUUCUCUAAAAUUCCUUACUUGCUUUAAGCGUACCUCUUACUGUAGUAAGCAAGGCCUCUGGUAAAACGAUAGGGAUUCUACUGAAUCCCUGCAUCACCUGUAUGGAGAGCUGUGGUGAAAAGGGUUACUUAACAUAUUGCAAAAGCAAUCAAAGACAGUGCCUUAAGAUGAUAUAACUGCCCAGAUCAGUCCUAACACUGCCUGACCUUAACCAAUUUUAUAAAGUAUUUGUCUGGAUAACUGGUGUAUUUAAAAAAAAUAAAUAAAUAAAAAAAAUCUAUUGUAUUUU